AUGGACAAUGAUGAAAAUACAUAUGCCAAUUCAAGUUCCUUCAGGGCCAGCCCAAGAGAAGGAGCAAUAUAUUUCCAGAGGUGGAAGAGACCCUCCAGAGCUGCUGCAGUGUGUCUGGGGCUGCUGUGUGUUCUCCUACUGGCUGGGAUCAUAAGCCUGUCUGUCUACCAGAGAAACCAAUCGACCAGUUACAACAACCUGACUAACGAGAGAGACCAGUUAGCAGUUACUGAAGGGACCUGGAAAUGGGUGGAUGGACGGACUACACCACUGACCACAGCGAAUUGGGGGAGAGGGCAGCCCAACGGCAACAAUGGAACAGACCAGGACUGUGGGGACUUUGUAUAUCAUCCAACUAGUCAAGGGUGGUGGAAUGAUGAGAAAUGUUCCAAUAAACAAAAUUCGAUCUGUGAGAAAUAG